CCUUGCACAUUGCUACUGUCAACAAACGCAGCAUCUCGUAAACAAACGUAAACAAUGUCCUGCUCAGUGCAACACAAAGAACUAUGUUAAUUCGAUUGUUUCCAUUUAUUCUAAUGUUUUUAUUUAUUUACUUAUUUAUCCAGAUAUUAAUUGCUUUCUAUAAUUUAGUUCUUGUGUAAUGAAUGUCAUAUUAAUCGUGUAAAUGUGAUAGUAAUUAGCCACAGACCAGUGUAUUCCCUUCCAAUCGGUUUUUUUUCUGUAAGGAUGCAAAAGGAAGAUUUCUCGUUUGAUGUGCAAAAAAUAUGUCGAUUGUGUCUGCAAGAGCUUCAGGACGGUUCGUUUCUGGAUCUUUUCACCAUAAAUCUCCCCGUAAGCCCGCUGGUAAUGAUUAAUCGGUGUGCAACGAUAGAGAUAUACGAAAAAGAUGGCUUACCUUCGGCAAUGUGUAACAAUUGCUACUACCAGCUGGAAACGGCAUUCGAGUUUCGCAAUCGGAGUGAAUCAUCCGAUCGGAAACUGCGCGAAUACCACAACAUCCCGACUGGCGAUGGCAAAAGCGAGUUGUUAUUAUCAAUGAACGAACGGACAGAGGACGCUAGCAAAGAAGAUGAUAUUUACGCUGCUAUGUCGGAAAUAUUUGGACCGGAAGACACAGCCGAAGCUUCCAUAAUUACUCCCCAAACGUUGGGCAAUUUGCUGGACGAAACUACCAAAGAACAGUCGAAAGUUUGCUCGCCAUCCACCAAACCACUGAAAGUGAAGGUUAAACGACAAAUCAAGCGAAAAGCUCAACUAGACGAGUUGCUCGAAAAGCACAAGGAAAAACUAUGGCUGACUUCGAAGGGCAAAAUUAUACACCAGCGACGAACCCAAUGGAAACGAUUAUUAGGCGGCAAAAAGCACGACACCAUCCGGAAGCCUUCAGAGCCUGGAAAGCGCUUAAAGAAUGAUGGCGAACAUUCCUUUGAAUGUACCAUCUGUCAGCAACGGUUUAGCCGUUCCAGCUAUCUACGAUUGCACCAACGGAUACAUAGCAACGAGCGUAAUUUUCAGUGCGAAAUAUGUAGCAAAUUGUUCCGCACGUCCAGCAAUCUUCAUGCGCACCUUAAAACACACACCGAGGAAAGGAAUUAUGUUUGCGGCGUGUGUAAGCGAGCGUUUCGUACGUCGAGAGAUUUAACAAGCCACAGUGAAACACACAGCGCAGAAAAAGGGUACGUGUGUCACAUUUGCAACAAAGCGUUUGUGAAGCAAUCGUAUCUAAACACACACAAAAACACGGUCCACGUAGGGCUGAAGCGGUACCGUUGCCAGGAGUGUGGAAAACAGUUUUCCAACAGCUCUAACCUGAUAGCGCACCGGCGCAUACAUACUGGCGAGAAGCCGUACGAGUGCGGUGAGUGUGAUUCGAAGUUUAACCAAUCGUCCGCACUGACGCGUCACAUGCGACAGCAACAUCGACCAAAGGCACCAAGCCCGGAACCCGUCCCACCGACGAUUGUGCGCGAAAGCGAACCGGAAGAACUCUCGAUCGAGGUGGAUGAAAAUCGUUCGCUUGAAAGUGCCGCCAGUUCGGAGCUUUCGGUAGCGACAUCGCUGAUGGACAGUCAGUCUUAUUCGUACGGUGGUAUGCCGUAUGCGCAAACCUUUGUUCCACAACCUACAUCAUCACCACCGCCGCCGCCGCCACCACCAUCCGCGGCACAGUCCACGCAACAUUUUAGUCAUGUAACACCACAUCAACAUCACCCGCUGCAUCAUACGCAUCUGGCAGCGUCGCAGCAACUGCAUCCCUACCAUCAUCGGCAUCAUCAGCAGCAGCAUCACCCUCACCAUCAUCCUCACCAUCAUCAUCAUCAUCACCAUCCACAUCAACAUUCGCAGCCGAUCAUGCACCAGUCGAUGGGGGUUAAUCAACCGGGGCCGAAUCUCUACUCGGCCGAAUAUCUUCCACCGUACCAUUCGACGGCCCUACCAAGCACGCAGCAAACACACUACGAGCUUGGCGGUGGAUACGACAUGUGUUACAGCAUGUCAGCCUCGACCGUACUGAAUCCCAGCCUGAUGAACCCGCAGCCGACGUACAUAUUCGAUCAGUGAGGAAAUAUUUCUAGACUAUAAAGAUGUUAGAUGAAACAAGGGUAUGUUGUAUUUGUAUUCGGUGUCGUAACCUGACCUGCAGGGCUAGUUACGUGGUAAACAUUAGUAUUAUAAUCCUCGUUACGGCAAAAAGUGAGACCUUUGUCCUCGAUUGUCAUGUAAACCAGAUUGUAAUUGUAAUCACUCGCUGUGUUAUAAACGGUAAAGCUUACAAAAUCA